AAAGUUUCUCAAAUUCUCUUUUUUGACGAUGCUAAAUUUUAAGUUUAACAAGAUUGUCGAAAAUAAUAAAUAAAGCUGUAAUGAUACUUUUAUAUACCUAGACACCACUUACAAAGUCAAACAAUUUAUGUAACGAGUAGGUCUUUUGUUUGUAAAAUAAUGAUUUAUUUUACUUGAACAACUUCAUUCAGUCAUAGAGAAGAAUUGAUAGGAUCAUGUGUAUAUUUAAAUGUCAUAUUGUGAUGAAAUGUCUUUUUGUAUAUCUUUGUUUAUUUGUAUGAUUUGUCCUUGAUAUUCGUUAUCAAAUAAGGACAGUUGUUCUAAAGAACAAAACAUACUGUAGAUGUGAAUUUGAAAGGAGGUGUACAAUGGACAAAAUGGAUAAAAGUUCUAGGAUGUCAGCGUCUAAAGUCAGACCUCCAAGAAAGUUCAAUCAUUUUGAACUGACACGACCAACAGAUCUCGCUGCUGCAUAUCAUUAUGAUAAAGUACUAGGUGUCUUAGCCAAGGAACCAAAUGAACGGUCUGAUUCAGAUAUAUACCAAAUCAAAUCUUGGUUUCAGAAAAAGUCAGAUUUAUUUAACCAGCUGAACGAUGAAAUUAUUCUAGAUCUGAUUAAGAACUGCGAGUUUGUAACAGUUGAACGUGAUCAUUUGAUUAUUAAACAGGGCGACAAAGGCGAUUGCUUCUUCAUUAUUCUUAACGGAUCAGUAGCUAUCUUCAUCGGUUCUUCUAUAACAAAGGAAGAUGGGCGUCAGGAAGGAGCGUUAGAAGAACCUGAAUCUUUGACGAAAGACACUGGUAUAACUGACUUACAAGAGGAUUUUAAAGAAAUGAAGUUUGAUCGUUCAAAUUUCGGAAAAUAUGUUGGCAAAAUAGAAUCUGGUAAAAGUUUUGGAGAACUUGCACUUUUAAAUACUGAUUGUGUUCGCAAUGCAUCAAUUAUUGCAGAAGAAGCUACAGACCUGAUUGUUAUUAAUCGAGAAUUAUUCAAUAGAUGUAUCCGUUUGUUCCAUGCUAAGGAAUUUGCAGAACGAAACCAGUUUGUUGAAACAAAUCCCUUGUUUAGAGGAUGGCUUCCUAAGUUUAAGGUACAAAUGGCGAUGAGCUUACGGAAAGAAAAGUUAAAUUUUGAGCGUGUCAUUGUAAAACAAGGAGAUCGUUUUGACGGUCUACGUUUUAUUACCAGUGGCCAGGCAAAACUUACAUCUGACCCACACAUGCAUUCUAUCCAAUAUCCAGACUAUUAUCCUCUACCGGAUGUUGACGAGUUGGAGAAAGAUGAAGUCAGAGAAUCACUUCGUCAGGAACUGAAGAUGAAUGAAUGCAAAUCAGCAACAAAAUCCCGUCCGAAACUCUUCACAAAUGAUACAGAUAGGAGCGAUAAACGAUCUCCAAAACAGAGCAACCGUAACAUAGAACUUUGCUUAAUCUGCUCCCAGGAAAUCAUUGGUGACAUGGAAGUGGCCAUGGAGCUAGACACAUAUUCAUAUACCGUAACAUGUAUACAGGAAACAGAAAUGUAUGUCCUUGACCAGAAAAAUUACGAAAGGUUAAUAGAAAAACGACAUCCACAGACUAUUGAAAAGAUUAAAAAUUCAGUGCAAGAAAAAUACUCUUUAACACUUUCUUGGAUAAAAGAUAAGAAGGAAAUUCCUUUAUUUCGAUAUUUGAUAUACAAAAUUCAAAAGAAAGAACGAAAGCAGAAAAUUAAACAAAAAGAGAUAAAAGGACAGGAUAAAAAGAUUGCAGACGAUUGGAUUGCAUCUAGUCUGAAAACUGGACCUUUGGUUGAUAUGUUUGGACCUGGGAGUGUGUUUCAUAUAAUACGAAUGAAAGCAAAGCAGCGAAAUAUUGAAAAACUAGAUUAUAAAGCUAACAAACGCAUUACCCGAGAAUGCAGUAGACAUAACAAAUAUCCAGUUUAACAAGUAGGCUGCAUGAAACUCAAUGUUUUAUAUGAAAAAACGAUAUCAAAAUGUUGUCGUGUAUUUUUAAGUAUGUUUUAUUUGUCAA